AUGUUUGCUUCCUCCUUCAAUCCCGCUGUCCGACCUCCCACCCGUUGUGGAGCAGCCAAAAAUUAUUUCCUCCCGGUCCCGUCGGGCUUCUCUCUCCAGGUUUUCAAGGCCCCGACGAUGUCUGCACGUCCGUAUGCAGCGAAAGUGGACUUAGACUACCGUCCUAUGGCACGGGCGGACUCUCAGUCGAGACAACAGUCCGGACACGUUCCUCGCCAGCAGGAACCCACGAGGAAGCUAUUAAAGGCUCCUCCGCCUGAGGAGACAGGCUUUGCUAAGCGAUCGUACGAGCACAAGCCAAGCUCCGGGAGAUACGCUAUUCACGCCGGACCUGUGCCCGACACAUACAUUUAUGAGCGCUCAAUAUCGUCCAAGGUUCCAUACCCCUACUCGCCUUCUGACGUAACGAGCGAAUGCGACUCUAUAUUCUCAGUGAACACACAGAUCUCUUCCGGCUCAUCGAGCAGCAGCAGCGUCACGGAUAGCCCCCCAAACACGCGGAUGCUUCAGAUCAGAGCUGCUUCACCGAGCUCUGAGCAAACACAUUCGCGUUCACCCCAUUCGUACCACCCCAGGGGUAUGUCGACUUUCCCACAAGGGCAUUCAUGCCCUUCAUGUGGUGAGGCGAGUUCUCCGCCAAGAACUUCAUCUAUGGCUGGCAAUAAGGGGAACUACGCCCCUUAUCCUUCACGUCCACUCCCCACACCCCCAGUGAGCGCUAGAGUACGUAAGGACAGCAUUCUCCUAGCAAGCGAGCGCUCUAUUAUGUCAUAUGACACCCGUCAGCACUCGACAUCACUCAAGCAUGGUGAACGCGUGCCAUUCCUGGCUCCACCGGUAGUUGAGCAAGGGAGAAAUAAUAUGGGAAUGCAGCUGUCGCGCUCAUCGUCCCUCAAGGGAAACCUCUCCAUUAGUAUCCCACCACCUCCGGGUUUGGAUUUGGUCCCUGGUGGUCAUUACGAGUACCCUCCUGUUCAGGGACCCGUACAGGACACUGAACCAAAUUUCCGACCGCCUAGCGCACCGCAUCGCCGGAAUUUUGAUGGCGAUCACAUCCAAACCUUGCAACAGCAGCCGGGGUGCCUCGCACGGUCUGUGCGGUGGUGCGAUGAUUUGAUAUGUCCAUCGCCUAUAUUCCCGAAUCAGAGAAGGAAGGGAUGGUUUAAUCGCAGAGGAGACCAGCUCUGGCGAAACGAUGGUUCCUACCGGGCACCAGCACCAGGAGACGCGUACCCUCCUGACCUUGAGGGCUAUCCAGAGCCCGGAGGGGGAUGGCAGAACGAGGAAGGAACUCGCAUUGACAUCAAUCAUCGUUUGAUACCCAAACCUCCGCUGCGCUCUGUAUUGAAGCCAACGAAUUAUAAGUGUCAGGAUGGUAUUAUUGCUGGUUACCUCACCGCUGUCCCCUCGCCGACAUCUGACGACGAGUGA